AUGCAGUACUACAGAAGAAGAGGCGACUCGAUCUUCGACAACUUCACCCUCAACCCGCUGCCUUACCCGGUCCUCCUAAUCCUCGCCGUAAUCGCCAUUUUCCUCGGCGGCUCCUGGUACUUCAGCUACGAGGAGCUCGUGGAGUCGACGGAAUCGUCGAUGGGCCUGGGCCUCUUCGUCCUGCCGGUGCUCCUGAUCUUCCUCGUCCGGUGGCUGUCGUCGAUGGAGUCCUGCGACAUGGUUUUUUUCGGGAUGUCGUCGCCGUGGGAUCGCCGGCGGCGGACCCACUACCAGGCUCCGGCGGAAGGGAGCUCGCCGUGGGGGGUCGCGGCGCUGAUUGUGUUGCUGCUGGUGUUGUUGCAGUUCCAGUCUGCUUUCCUUGACAGCUGGUUCUAA